AAUAUUGCAGCCACCUCAGUCAACAUCGAGCAUUGCUUUAGCCGCAGCCGCCUCCUUUUACUGCAUACACGCAAUCGUCUUUUGUCCCAGAGCACUCGCACUCUGUUAUGCCUCGGGUCCUGGAGUCUCAUGGGACUUGUCAAGGAUGAAGAUAUCAGAGCUAUAACUGUUCUGGAUGAUCUUGAUGGGCCUGAAGAGGCAUUGGAGGAUGGGUGGGAUGCCAUUCCAUAU